AUGGCUCUGAGCUGUCUCGGUCGCGCUCGCCGGCGUAGCAGUGAUCCCGAUUCAUCAACGAACUCAGACACAGACACGCGUCUCGCCCGCCUGAGCAGGUAUCUCUGUCUAGCAUCCGCAUCCCCCGAGCCUGAUCCGACACCUCCGCUCACCUCUUUUUUCUACGACGAGGAUAUCUCCUCCGACGUCUCCUCCGACGUCUCCUUGAACACCCCCUCGGGAACUCUUCAAACAUCACCACCCCCCUCCCCAGCCGCCCGCCGCGUGGUCGAAUGGAGCGCAGUGCACGGCGACCUCUCAGACAUGCACCCGCACGACUGGCUCGCCGUGGGCUCCGCCGGCCGCGACAUCUUCGGCUCGCUCGUGACGAAAGACGGCACGCGGAUCCCGCGCGCAAACGCGGACUACCAGUAUCGCCGGACUAUGCCGGUGCGGGUCGAGAGCGAGGAUGUGCUGUCGGCAAAGGUGGGGGGAGGGAGGGCGAAGUCGACGACGGCGGUGGAUGUGUUGUUGCUUGGGAGACAGCAGCGGCAGGUGGUGCUGGGGAUGAGCGGUGGGAGUCCUGGGAGGACGAGCGUGAGCACCAGCACGAGCACAAACAGUAGCGGUAGCGGUAGCGGUAGUCUGUACUCGUCAGCGUCGUCGUCGGUGGGAGCAUCAUCGGAGUAUGUUGCGCUGCAGAUGAAGCCGAUGGUGGUCGGGACUACUAUAUCGCGGGAGUUACAAGAGAGCAAAGGCGGCAGUCCGCUGCGGACGAGGUCGUUUGUCGCCGAGACGCAGCGAGAGCCGCGGUCGUUUGUCUCUCAGGCGCAGAGGGAGAGGAUGGGAGUGUAUGAGGGGAGUUGGUCGCGAUAG